UUAUAUAUAAAACUUCAAUUCGACGUUUUGCAAUUUUUUAUAUCGAAAAGCGGUCACGGUUUGAGAUGUUUAAAAAAGAAAAAAAAAAAAAGCAAACAAAAUGAAAUUGUUUAUCCGUAUUAAAUUGUUACGCAUACGCGCAGAUAUCCACAAAUAAUUCGUGACAUAUUAAAUAUACAUAAUCGAUUUAUAAAGCCUAUUUAUUCUUAUAACCAAAUCGAAAAUUACUUUCUAUAUAUACGUAAGAACGACUGUUACAUGUUUUUAAACUGUUUAUGGUUGUCAUUAGUAAAACACGUAGUGAAACACGAAAGAAAUUGGCUCUGUAUCGAGGUAUGUUGUAAGAGAAUAAAAAAAAAAAAAAAGAGAGAGAGAAAGAAAAGAAAGACGUGAAAAGAAAAGAGAAAGAAAAAGAAAUGAAAAAAAAAAAAAAAAGAAAGAGAAACAAGACAGAAAAUUGUGACACUUGCAUUCUCAUUAUAUUCCUGCAUCUAAAGCAGUAAAAAAAAAAAAAACAAUGUAUGUAAUAAUGUAUGUAAAUUGGUCAAUUUUCACCGCCUACCUAUCUACCUACCUGAUAACUUGCCAAUGCAAUUAUAAAUAUAAAUUAAAAAUAUUCGUAAAAGAAAAAAAGAAAGAUUUGUAGAAAGAAUUUUAAUAAGAUCGUAUUGUAUAAUAGUAACAUUUUAAAACAAACGUUUUAUUCGUCACAACAAGGCAAACUACGUUGAAUGAACAAUUAUAUUGAGACAAUCAUCGUCAACGUCUUUUUACAGGGAAAUAAUCUUAAAUUAUCUUGUUAAGGUAAUCGUCACAUAUGUAUCCUAUGUAUCUCUAUCUUUGUACACGUAUCUAUGAACAUACAUUCUUCUUAAUCUUCUAAUAACUCUGUUUUGUACAAUGUCUAACAAAAGUUUCUAGAUGGUCCAAAAUUUCUUUACCUCGAGAAAUAUUAAAAAAAUCAAUUAUAACCAUUUUCGAAGACACUUUAAUAUUUUAAUUUGAAUUUAUAAUUUAUUCUAUAGAGUUAGGCUUCUUGUUUCCUCUUUGAUUUGAAGGGGGAAAAAAAAAAAAAACAAAUAUCAGUUAAGAACUUUCGAUCCGUAGAAAGUACAAGCAAAUAUAUCAAAGCUGAUAUUAUAUUCAGGGGUUUUUUUUUUUUUUUUUUUUUUUUCUUUUUUUUAAUUACUGACGUAAUGGUACUGUCGAAGGUAUUAAUACAACUUUUUAAAUUAUCUAACAAUGCUUAUAUCAUUUUUUCAAUCAGGUUUAAUUAUAUAAGAUGACACCAUGACAACACAUGAUCAUAAUCAUUUUAACAUUAAAAAAAGUGUCCAUACAUUUUACAUUAUUUAUCUAUAAAUGAUCUACAGAAUGUAUCAAUCUUAACAUGAUUUGUAAUCUACCGGAAGUACCUUCAAUAUAUGUUAAGUAUACGUAUAUGACAAUAUGUUAAUUGACUUAACGGUACAUUGUUAUAUGUUAUGGGUUGAAGGGCACUUAAUACGCGUAUUGUUAAUUUUAUAUAAUUUAACAUCAAUUUAAAAUAAUAUGUUUGUGUGUGUGUGUGUGUGUGUGUGUAUUCUUCUUUUUCCCCCUAGACUUUAUAAAGUAAGACGGGUUUUAUUAAAAAAAAAUGUUAAUUUCAUUUAUUAUUUCCAAUGGUCAAUGCGGACUUUUUAUUUAACAUUUCGAUCUUUGUAAAUAUACUUCUUCUUUUAUUUUUUUCUUUUUUUUUUUUUUUUUUUAUCUCCAAAAAUUUUAAUAGCAUUUCUUCUUUCCAAACACUUGUAUUUAAUCGUUCAUCCGUUAUUACUUUUAUUUAUUUUUUCUUUACAGUUUUUUUUACUCUUUUUUUUCCUUUUUCUUUUUUUUUUUGUUUUACGGUUCAAAACAUCGACAUGUUCAGUCAGCCACUUUAUAAUCCUUCGCGUAUCCUACGUGCCUAUCCUUCUAUCUUUCCCCUCAAUAACAAAAAAAAAAAAAAAAUUAGACAGAGGCAUUGAGAAAUAGAUUUAGCACGAUAUUAUUAUGUUUUAAUCUCGUAUGCCAGUGAGCGUGGGUGUUCAAAAGAUAAAAUAGAAACGUGUUCUGAUACACAGAACAGGUAUACUUAGAAAGGAUAUAUAAGUAAAAUUUAAAAUUCCAAAAACCUGUUCACUCGCACAACUUUCGGAUUUAUUUCAUAAAAUGAAUGGAUAGGCGCCAUGUUGUGUAAUAAUUGAACUUCGUAAUACGCGUCUAUUACAAGGACAUUGAAUUUUGUAGAUAUUUGAAAAUACAAGUAUGAUAUUUCAAGAUAAUGAUGAUGAUGAUGAUGAUGAUAAUGAUGAUGAGUUAACGUUACAAAAUAUCAAUUGUCAAUUAUCAAUUGAUUUACUAGCCUAAUUUCUGAGCUUCUUUUUAUGGUGAAUUUUGUAUUAUACAUAAAUCGCACAUGCACGUGUGUGUGUAUGUGUGUGUGAGUGUGUGUGUGAGUGAUUUUGUUCGAAUCGAAUGUUCAUCAUCAUAAUCGUAGAAAAUAUUUUAGUAUAAUAACGACACACCCCAAAACCAUAAUCAUCAUCGUACUGUUGGUGAAAGGUAUUAGCCAAGAGCGAAAUAGAAAUUUAUGAAAAAAUAAAGAGAGAAAGAGAAAGAGAGAGAGAGAUAAUUACUUCAUUUCGAGACUUUUUUAAGCUUGUAGUUAGACCUAUAGUUUUACAAUCUGACAAAAAAAAAAUAAAUUUGUUUAAAAAAUAGUCUCGAAACGAAAUAAUUGAUUUUUAAUAUCAGUUAAGAACUUUCGAUCUGUUCUGUACACACACUUGCAAGAAUUAAAAGCCAAUCGUCAAGAACUUUCUUUAACAAAAUAGAAUGUUUCAAUUAAACAGAUUUUUCAUAUAUUUUAUAAUAAUCAAAAAAAAAAGAAAAAAAAGAAGAAGAAGAAGAGGAAGGAAAAGAAUGUAAAGAGAUAAGACAAUGAUGAUAAUGAAAAUACGUAUAAUUAAAAGUAUGCUUGCACAAUGUACAUCAUUAUACAUGUGUAUGUAUGUGUGUGUGUGUGUGUGUGUGUAUUUAUAUAUAGUAAAACUAUGAAGGAACAAGAAUUAAGACGAUAAUUUAUUUAUGAGGAUUUUCUUCGUCGUUCGAACAAUUAUGAUAGAACUAUGGAACGUAUUUCAGAGAGAAGAUACCACUCAACUUAUGAAUAAAUAUCGAUAUAAGUAAAAAGAUUCGAUUACUUGAACAAUAUUUGUACAGACAAUGAAUAUCUCAAGGAGGAGUACUGUAAUAUUAAUCUUUCAUAUAACUUGACUGAUCACAGUAUAUACAUACUAUUUAUCGUCAUUAUUAUUUUGAAUGAGAAAAAAAGGAAGGAAUUCAUUUUUAUCAUGGAAAAAAAAGAAAAAAAAAGAAAAAACUCCUUUAUAUUCGUUUUAAAAGAAGAAAAAAAGAAAUCUUCGCCUUUAUCACAGCAACAAAAAAUUUUCCUCUUUGUAUCAAAAAAAAAUUUUUCUUUGUAUUUAUUAAUAGAAAAAAAGAAAAGAGAAAAAGACAAAAUUCUCUCAUUUCUUUUUAUCGUAAAUGAAAAAUCUCUAUCCGUCAUAAUCUAUUAUAUUCUUCUUCUUCUUUUUUUAUAUUUAUUUAUUUCGCUUCUCCCACCAUAUGAAUUCUUGCAUUACAACUUUUUUUUUUCCUUUUCUUUUUUCUACCUUUUUUCCUUUUUCUUUUUUUCUCCGUGCAUUUUGUCGUCAAGCAACAAAUUCUUAAGGAGUAGUAUCCGCCAAGCAAUCGUACGAACCGGUCGUGCUCUCUACGUGGCAAGUUAGCCUCCGGGCAGAGAGAUCUCUAUCGAAAAUCACGAUGGGUGAUACGUGAAUACAUUUUCAACUGGGUUCACAUAUAUAUAUAUAUAUAUAAAUAUUAAAGUUUGUUAACGGCGACGAUCAGUCCAUCGUUGUAUCCAUAAAAUACACUAACUUUAUUGUCGUCUAAUUAAUUAUCAAUAUUUUCCUUCGAAUGUAUUCUAUCGAAGCAUUCAUUUAAUUCAUUCGAUAAUCAAUUCUUUCAAAAAUGAUGUAGAACGAAAAAAAAAAAAACAAAAACAAAAAAAACGGAACUUGAAAAAAAAAAGAAAAAAAUUCCAUCACAGAUAAUCUCGUAGAUAAUGGCUAUUAUUAUGAUAUCGUUGUUAACAUGAUUCUUAUCGAACAUUCGAUUUGGAAGAAAGUCAAGGAUAUGAGAUUUCUAAUUCUUUUUUUUUUUUUCUGUUUUCUUUUUUCUUUUCCUUUUUUGAAUUUUGUUUCGCCAAAUGGUAUAUAUGGAAAUUUAUAUUUCGUAUGAGAUCGUAAUAUCUCUGUCAGAAUAAUUCUUUCUUAUUACUUAACGAACGAAGAAAAAAGGUCAUUUCGAGCUUAAAGGUCGUAGAAAAUUAUUCCUCGAGAUAUACGAUGGUCAUAAACGACCAAAAGAGAAGAAAGAAAUAAAGAAAAAAAAUAACACUAAAAUAAAUAAAUAAAUAAAUAAAUAAAUAAGAAAGAACAGAUAUCUUUUGGCAGCGUACCAAUAAAGAGAAAGUGAGGGACUUUCGUCGAAGCUUUUAAACGAGAGAAAGUCAUUCAUUAUAAAUUCAUUAAAAAUUUCGAUUGAUAUUUGGCACGAAGAAAAAUAAUUUAUAACGAUCAUUAAAAAGAAUAUUUAAAACAUAUAUUGAAUCUUGUUAGAAAUUAAUAUAUUCUGAUAUAACAAGACGUACGUGUUCGAUGAUCGUACGAAGAUGAUCAUCCUUUAAAACGAUUUUAUAUCAUUGCGAACGACAUCGAAGGUGAAUAAAUUUUCAUUAGAAAAGUUCAACAAGAGAAAGUAAGGAAGCAAUCGUCUCUGGUGGAUACUGUACGCUAGCUGAUCAUAUAUGACCCUGUCCCGUUAGUGUUAAAAGCUCGUGAAGUUCACGGCCAAAAACACAUGGGGUCGCUGAGUCCUGCAGUUGCUGAAUCCAAGCGAUAACGUCCUAAGUUCUAUAUAUAGAACGCAUAUAUAUAUAUAUAUAUAUCUCUCACACACACACACAUACAUAUAUGUAUAUAUAUACGCACUCUCUCCUCACUCUCUGGCAAUCCUUCUCCUUCUCUCUCUCUACCAUCGCAAUGCUUAUAACGCAGAUACGAUAUAAGUCACUCGGCCGAGCGACACCGGUAGUCGCGUGUAGUGCAAUGACGAGAGCGUUCUCGUUAAAACGAUCUUAAACGACUUUGGGACGUGACGUGGAUAGACGAAGAAAACGAGAGAGAGAAAGACAGAGAGAGACAGAGAGAGAGAGAGAGAGAGAGAGAGAGAGAGAGAGAGAAAAAAGAGGGAAAGAGAGAGACAUAGAGAGAAAUGAUUGAGAUGUUCCGUAGUGGAGAUCAAAACGAAAGAUAAGUACGUAGUGGCCUGAGUUACGUUCACGUCGAAAGCCUAUCCUUCUUCUCACGUCUUUGAAAAAGCUAAGGAUACAAUUUUUAGGUAGAACCUGAGAAUAGAAUUUUUAGGAAAAAAAAAUUUACGUUAUUAACGUUUUGGUGAAAUCGAAGAAACGAAGAUGGAUAGUUUAAAGCCACCAAAUUCGAUAAACAACAAUAACAACAGCAAUAAUAAUAAUAAUAAUAAUAAUAACAACGAAGGAAGACGAAGACUUUAUUCCAUGUCUUGCUUGAACGAUCGUCCCAACGGUGGGGAUCCAUUAUCCGUGAGAUUGGCUUCAACUUAUAGGUCAGCAAGAUAUGGACACGUUAACGAUUAUUGUCCUGAACAGAUAGUUGUAGUCGAAGAGAACUUAACAGCUAAUUCAACGAAUAAACACGAAGAGAUCGACGCGGGCGAUCCACCACCAGUCGAUGAAUCUCUUUUCUUCGAUAAUUUUGAAGCACUGAGAAAUGCAUUACGAGUAGACGGUAGCAAUAUAAGGUCAGUCUUCUGGUCUAUGCUCAAUGUUACCGAGAUCAAAUUAUUAUUGGAAAUGGAAAAGAAUUGUAUCGUGCCGUCAGAAAUCUCAUUGAAUGAACAUUUGAAGAAUCUUUCUUAUAUUUGGGCAUGUCAUCGUGGCCUAUCUCAUCUUUUACCUAAACUCGAAGAAUUGGGAGCCGAUAUUAAUUAUAUCGAACCGUGCACUGGUAUGAAUGCUAUUCUAACAGCAUCCUUGAGUGGAAAUGUGUCAUGUUUGGAACAUCUUAUAAGAAAAGGUGUCGAUGUUAAUUGUGAAAAUCCAACGAAUCAUUACACGUCCCUUCACUUUGCGGCUUCAGGAAAAUCAAGAGAAACGACCGUUCUACUUUUGGACAGCGGCGCCAAGUUAAAUACUUGUGCUUAUGAGGAAAUAGUCGAACCGGUACUUCACUGUGCCAUUCGGGCAAAUGCGUUAGAUGUGGUGAAGGUACUCUUGGAACGGGGCGCUAGCGUAGUCGAAAAAAAUCAUCUUGGAGAGACACCCCUUCAUGUUGCUUGUUUCGUCCAAUCGAUACCCUGUGUCGAAUUAUUGCUAACUGUACCAGGUAGUAACAUUAAUGCUGUAGAUCGUACGCAUAGGACCCCAUUACAUUUUGCCGUUAUGAGUACAGAUUCUUCGGCAGUAUUGGUUGAACUUUUAUUGAAGCAUGGUGCCUUAGUCAAUGCGGCAGAUCGAACGGGUUUCACACCUCUUCAUAUAGCUGCUUUGAACGAACAGUCCCAUUGCGUGGAUACUUUGAUUUGGGCCGGAGCUGACGUCAGUGCUACAACAAGUGCAGGCUUAUCAGCUUUAAACAUCAUAUUAAGAAAAAUACCAGAAUCUUUACAAGUCUUUCGGGAAAGACUCGAUGCCUCUAUCAGGCUUAGACGGCCUGUACCACAUAACAGAGAAUUCGAAAUGAGAUUACACUUUGACCUACUAUUUCCUAGCAACAAUCAAUGCGAAACCAGUUUCAUCAAUACUUUCGUACAAGAACGUCGAAAAGAUCUGCUAUCUCAUCCAUUGGUCAUGGCUUUUCUUCAUCUCAAAUGGGAGAAGAUAAGAAAGUUUUAUUUGAUGAGAAUCUUCCUUUAUGCCAUGACGGUGAUCUGUAUGACUACUUAUGUUCUAACGGCACUUGCAUACAAAUGUUACAAUCACGAUGAUUUUCCAAGUUCAAAGAUCUGCAACAGCAAAAGAAUUUCAGGCUUUCUAUUCAGAAGGCCAGUUAUCGAAAUUGAAUGGUACCUCUGUCUCGUAUUAACCUGUGUCACAAUACCCAGAAAGAUAUUUGGUUUUAUGGUUUACAAAUCGGUGAAACAAUAUUUCUCGAACAUAGAUAAUGUCCUCGAUGGUAUAGUUAUAGUAAGCGUUUUUGUAACGUCAUUUGUUUACACAGGAAAGACAUACGAUUGGCAAAAUUAUAUCGGUGCAUUCGCCAUACUUUGCGCCUGGACAAAUCUUAUGCUGAUGGUUGGACAAUUGCCUGCUUUUGGAACUUACGUUGCCAUGUUCACACAUAUACAAUUUGAGUUUGCUAAACUUUUAUUGGCUUAUUCUGGAUUAUUGAUAGGAUUCACCAUUAGCUUUUGCGUUAUUUUCGUUGGUGAACCAGCCUUUGGUAAUCCUUUUACCGGACUUAUCAAGGUGUUAGCAAUGAUGGCAGGCGAAUUGGACUUUGAGGGUCUUAUUAAUCAAGCGGAUCAAGUUGCCGACGGUCCUUUCGUGAUUUAUCAUCCAUUAUCUGUCUGUUCACAAAUUCUCUUCACUCUCUUCAUCGUUUUUGUAACGGUGAUAUUAAUGAACUUAUUAGUUGGCAUCGCCGUACAUGAUAUUAAUGGUUUAAGAAAUCAUGCAGGACUUACCAAGCUGGUACGUCAAACUAAAUUAAUUCUUUUCACUGAAAUGGUACUGCAUAAUGCUUCCAUACCAUAUACCUUUCGAAAAUGGAUGACCGAUCAUAAAAUAGACGUUGAAAAUCGUAAACACGUCCUCGUUGUUAAACCAUUAAAUCCUUUGGAGAAACGAUUGCCUAAGGAUAUUUUAAAAGCUGCUUAUGAGAUUGCACAAAAGAACAUGCCAUAUAUCAAUGAUGACAAUAUUAGUCUUAGCGACCAUGUAACUUGGAUGAAGCAACAAAGUGAAGAAUCAUCCGAGUCUGGCUUGAGAUUGGCCGUCGAAGAAUUAUCAGCAAGAUUGAAUGCAAAUGAAGAAACAAUAAAGUCUCUUAAAACACAAUUGUUACAUAUGAAUGACAUAUUGGAGGAUAUUGUUAAUCGUUUGGCGAAGGACAACAGUAUAUGAGUUGGGCAAAGUGUACGUGAAUAUGAACACACAAUUACAUCUAUAUAAAUGGAUAUAUAUAAAUUAUAUAUAUAUAUAUAUGGAUUAUUGUCACACCUAUUUGCCUUUUAUCAAUAGAAAAGAAACAAACAAACAAACAAAACAAAACAAAACAAAAAACUCACUUAACGUAUUAUAAAGACUGAUAUAUAAGGGACCAAUCUCAAGAUGAUUGAUUUCAUAGAAUAUACAUUGAUGAAGAUUUAAUUUUUCAUUUUUUUCGCCAGGAAAAUCUUCGUAUAAUCUGUAAUGAUGACGUUUCUUGCGAACAAGUAUUAUAACGGUUAGGUAUAAAUGUAAUAUUUCCAUUAAUUUUUACGAAUAUGGUUGAGAAAGUUGACAUCGAAGCAACUGUUGAAAAUGGAGGACCUACUGGACAAUCAGGCGCGAUAAGGUGGGGCAUUGCAUGGGGUCUCCGAAGUUUCGUUACUCCUGAGGU